ACGAAUAUUUUUACGUACGAAUUACUCAGAAGUAGAACUUUUCAUGAGUUACUGCCCUUGUCUUAAACUCUCCAGUUAGUACAAUCAGAUUUGUCAGUCGACAUAGAUGCUCAGAGACAGAAGUCUCCACGCGCACUACAUACGGCAAAGAUGCCACCACACCUUGUACAGAGUACAACCCCUUAUCGUAUCCUGUAGUCCCCCAGUGUUUACCUUACUGUUCCUGUUUGUUGCCGUGCAGUUCACUGCUACACUAUCUGACACACCACAUCAGAUCGUGACCAAAUACAAAAACUAUCACACAAUAUGCAAUGGACUGGGAUACAAAGAAAAAUAUUGUGCAAACAAUGGUGUUGUCGCAUUCCAAGCCCUGCUUCAGAAUCACAUAUCUAAUCUUGGAAAGCAACAGCCGGUUAAAUUUGACACAGUGAAGCUAAAUGAAGGAUCAGGAUAUGACGUCAAAACAGGAAAAUUCACUGCUCCAGAGGAUGGGGUGUACUCCUUUAGCUGGAAUGUUUUAGUUUACUCGGGAAAAGAGUUUCAUACGGAGAUUGUCAAGAAUAAUAAUGUCGUUGCAAAGAAUUACGCUGAUGGUAAAAUAGUGAAGAGUGGUCUUUACCUGACAAGCUCAUCCACGGUCAACAUCAAAAUGAAAAAAAAGAGAACAGGCGUGGAUCAGAGUACACUACAAUUACGGACAGUACCUAUAUGGCGAUUCUUGGUCAUAUUUUUCUGGCUUUAAACUGUAGUUUUUAACUUUGAUUGGUCAAUAAAUGUAUGCGAAUCAUU